AUUCUCACGUGUGUUGUGUUUAUAGCGGCUCAAGUAGAUUGCUACAUACUGCAUCUUAUUACGUAAAGCGAUCCAUCGUUUAUUAUAAUUCGUUUAUUAUAAUAAUAGGCAAUUAUAAUUGCCUUUCGAGUAAAAUAAACGUCAUAGCUAAGUAAAUCUAUAGCAAGAGAUAAAACAUAACAAGAUAAUACGAGUAUUAACAACAAGCGAGAGAACAAAGAAUUCGCAAAGAUUGUUGCAGAUUCUGUCAGAAAGCAUGAAUGAUUCCGACGAUGACAGUUCCGACAGUAGCAACGAUUUCAGUAAAGGUUUCACCUCUAAAGAUGAGUUGACCGCGAGCUUCUUCUCCAUAAAACCGGCGAAACUUCAUCAGGUGAACUCUAAAGACAGUAACAAGGAUGACAGCGACGACGAGGAUGAUGACGAUUUCACGAACGUUGCCGAGAACAAUGAUAUGGAACUAUUUUCUGAGGUUGUCAAGAAUCUGGAGGCCACGCAAAGAAUUCAGAUAAAAGAUGAGGAUCCAAAACACUACUCUUCUAAAGACGAUGACUUCCAGGAUAUCAAGGAUAUCAAGACUACAGGGAAAAAGAAUAACAUAUCAGAUGAGAUAAAUGCAGUUUUGCUGCAAGGAGAAAGUGGAGCAUUUCAGCUAAGCGAGAAUGACGAAGACACAGAAGAUGAGGAGGAUGUUAAACGUCCAGCUGACUAUACCAUACCUAAAGAGGGUGUUAAGAUAACUUUACCAGGCACUAGUGUGCUUUUCAAGAAAAAAACAGCCAGCAAAAAAGAGUCAGAUCUAGCUGCGAUUUUGCGCAGAAAAUUAAAGGCCAAUCAGAUAUUUGUGGAAAAGGUAAGCCGACUCUGUUGGUUGGCACAUGGAUUCUACUUGAAUCGCCAAGCUAGCGAUCCUGAAAUAAUGACAACAGCAGUAUCACUGGUUCCAUCAAACAACUAUCCAAAAGACAAGCUUGAUCUCGUGUACUUGGGAAAACUCACAAAGUGGUUCAGGAAUAUAUUUACUGCGGAAUCUAUUAACAACGAUGUCAUUAUAAAUAAGGUAACAUUAUUGAAGAGGAUAGCAGAGAAAAAAAUUAUUAGUUACAGGGAAUUGGUAGUACUCUACGUAGCUGUACUGAGAGGCAUUGGUUUAAACUGUCGUUUAAUCGUAUCUCUCAAUCCACCACCUGUAAAAGCCUAUACCAAUCUGUUGUCCAAAGCAAGCGCGCCGAAGAAAACCAACCAAGCCAAAGAGAAGCCGAAGGAAACUAAAACAAAGGCAAAGCCCUCUAAGCCUUCUUCCUCCAAGCAAACAGAUUCGAAGAAAGAUCUCGAUAAUGAUGGUAUUCAAAAUAAUGAAAGCGAACGGAAAAAUGCGAAUCUAGCAGCAAGGAAAAGGGCGGCAGAGAUACUCCAUUCGAAAUAUUCGUACAAUAAAAAAGAUAAGAAUAAAUUGAACCACAGUAUCGCUCAAAAUAAUACCGCUGAAGUCGAAGACGAUAAAGUAGUUACUAUUAAUGUUAAAAAAGCAGAUACCGUCACAUCUUCAAGGAGUUUAAGAUCCAAGAAGUUAGCUGAUGCUGCAUCCUCAACAACUAAACAGCAAAGCAAUAAGACCAACAGUUCAGAAAAUAAUCAAUCUAAAGCGUCAAGUUCCAAAAGAAAAACGCAGAUCGAUCAUUCUGACUCAAGUUCAGGAGAAGAGGAAGAAAAAGCAACGACUAGCAAAACAAAAAAGAAACGCGGUAAUAGUAAUAAAACGCAAGCCGUCGUUAAAUCUAAAAAGAAAAACGAGAAGAAAGAUGAAGCGUUAGAAGAGGAGGAGGAGGAGGCUGAUGUUAAAAUGAAAAGCACGCAAGACGUAUGGGCCGAGGUAUACGUUGAAUCUAAAGGCAGUUGGAUAUCCGUAAACGUAAUAGACGGCAACGUGGAUUGUGUAGCCGAAGUGUAUAAAAAAGCGAGUAGGCCAGUAUUAUAUGUGAUUGCUUUCAACUCGGAGGGAUCGAUAAAGGAUGUCACAAGACGCUAUUGUCCACACUGGCUUUCUAUUACGCGUAAACAGCGCAUCGAUGAGAAAUGGUGGACAGAAACUAUAAAUUACUGGUUAGAAAAAGAGACGACUAUAUCGAAACAGGAAGACGAACUGCUUCUGCAAAAGGAGUUAGAGCGACCGUUGCCUAAAACCGUCGGGGAAUGCAAAGGACAUCCUCUGUAUGUGUUGGUCAGGCAUUUACUUAAAUAUGAAGCGCUAUAUCCGCCGGAUUGCGUACCCCUCGGGCAUCUACAUAACAGCGAGGCUAUUUAUUCGCGGUACUGCGUACAUACGCUGUGUUCACGUGAAACUUGGUUGAAGAAAGCCCGUGUGGUUAAACCGAAGCAGGAGCCGUACAAAAUAGUUAAAGCGCUUCCGAAAUACGACAAGCUUUCAGGCAUGAGACUCAAAGACUCGGCGUUGGAAUUGUUUGGAGAAUGGCAAACCAUGGAUUACGUUCCACCAGAAGCUAAAAAUGGCAUUGUGCCUCGUAACGAAUACGGAAAUGUAGAUUUAUUUAAAAAAUGCAUGCUUCCAAAGGGCACAGUACAUAUAAACCUUCCAGGAUUAAAUCGUAUCGCCCGAAAAUUGAAUAUAGACUGCGCAUCCGCCGUGGUGGGUUUUAAUUUCGGAUGUAUGGGUGCUGUGCCAGCUAUCGAAGGCUUUGUCGUAUGUACCGAAUACGAAGACACGUUAAGAGACGCUUGGGAAGCGGAGCAAGUCGAAGCAACUAAACGUGCUAUCGAAAAAAGAGAGAAGAGGGUUUACGGCAAUUGGAAGAAACUUAUCAAGGGCCUACUGAUUAGAGAGAAAUUGUCUCGAAAAUAUGAAUUUGCAUCGGAACCGAAAGCUGAACAGUCGAGCAAACGUCCUAAGCAACGAAAAGGAACCGUGAAGAAAUCCAAAACAUGAUAAAAUGUGUUGCUGUUUAUAUGUUAAUUAGAAAUAUAUGCUGUUUAUAUGUUAAUUAAGAAAUACUUAUUAUUUAAUACAGAGAAUUGUUCAAGAUUUGAUCACACUAAACUUUUAUAAAUAGACACUGUAAUAUAGUAUGUAUCAUAAAAACUUAUGAUACUGACUAAUAAGUAUUAUAGAAAUCAAAUCUUAUACCAAUAUCUUUUGAAAUAUCGAAAGAACCUCCCUCGUGAUACCAAGAAUACAUUCUUUUUAUUUAAAUAUUUUCUAAUUAAUAAUAUUUAAAUAUUUUCUAAUUAAUAAUAUCUUUUUGUGUAUGUAUUAAAUUAUUUUUAUAGCAUAAUGUAGUACGCGUGCUUUUGCAAUUUCUCUAUUAGGCAAUGAAAAACAAUAUAACAUUAAUUAGUAAUAUGUUAGAGUCAGUUGUUUCAACUUCAAGUUAACUGAUAGUUAAAUCAUAUUUUUGUCUUUAUUUUUCUUUCAAUUAGACUAAAUAGAAAGUAUCUUUUAUCAUGUAUUGCCAAAAUCUCAUUUGUAGAGAUGGAAGAUGCUACGAUAAAAAUUCUAAAUAGCUUUCAGGAAUGAGAAAGACAUGAUCAUAUCUUAUAACUAGUAACUUAUAUCUUAUAACUAAGAGCAUAUAUGACUUACACCGAUAUCAUAUAAAAUAUCGAGUGAAGCUUCUUCUGUGAUACCAAGAACAUAUUUCUUUUUUCAACUAUUUGCUACUUGAUAAUGUAAAUAUUCUUUCUGUAUGGAUUAAAUUAUUUUUAUAAUACAA